AUGUUGGCCAAAGUAUUACUUUCAAAUGAAAUACAAUAUAACCCCGACAAUUAUGAAUACGAAGAAACUUAUAUCCCUUUACACCAAGAAGAAUUAUUAUUUCUCAGUGAUUUAAGAAAGUACAAUUUAAAGGAUUUAACAGCUCCGUUCCCAAAAACAUCGGAUCCAUUGCGUUUUAAUCUGAAACAUCGAGAAGAAACCAUCAAACAAAUAUUACAAGUCGGCGCAAAACAUCACGAAGUCUAUCCUUUGCAGAAGAGCAAACAACAAUUAUGUUUUUUCAUUGCAAAAGGUGGCAGUGGCAUUGGAAAAACACGUAUCCUCUCAGAGAUUCCCAAUAUUCUUCGCAAUGGAGAAUUGGAUGAUAUUUUCAAAAACACCAAUAUUAUUUAUUUUAACUUUGCAAAUGGAUGUUCUUUGACUGAUACUGAUAGAGAUAAGAAGCCUGUUUCUAUGAUUGUAUCAGGAAUAGUUUAUGCUGCUUUUGAAAACCCUUCAGAAUUAGUCCAAAAAACUCCACCAGGUGAGAAUGAUUUCUUUCUCUAUGAAGUAAUGCGAAUAAUAUCAAAAAAGCUACAUGAAAAAUAUGGAGAUACUGUUAUUCCAUUAGUAUUGGCAUUCGAUGAAUAUCAAUUGGCUACAAGACUCAAGCCGGGUUUACACACUUCCAUUCAACAUACAUUAGGGUGGUAUAUGAGAUUCAUUCAGAAUAGACAUCAAAUUUUAUUGUUCCCAGCAUUUGAAGGAACUUUAACUGAAUCAGAUGCCAAGAUGGAGCCAGCACAAUAUACCUGCCCAUUUAUCACUUCCAUCAUUGAGACCUAUGGACAUUGCAGAGAUUAUGGCCGAUAUGGGGUUAUCAAAACUUUAUGA